AAUCCAUUGUAAUGAAUGAUAUCGCGAUUGGGUGUUUUCAGCGUGGCUCGUUCAACUUUCCGGACAAACCAAGCAGUGCAGAAUUAGUUGCACCAGGUGAAGAUGUUAGGGUAGGUCAUCAAACGCGUGGUGGUUUGCUCCGUGGGCACGGUACAAUAUUGGUCAGCGAUCGAUUUACUGCGACCAUAUGCGGAACGAUAGAGCGAGUUGGUAAUCUUGUAUCUGUACGCCCUUUUCGGUGCACUUACAAGCCGGAAACAGGAGAUGUCGUUCUAGGGCGUGUCAUUGAGAGAGCGGGAAAGUGUUGGAAGCUUGACAUAAAUUCUUGGCAAGAUGCGUCCUUACAUCUUAGUGCCAUCAAUCUGCCGGGAGGUAUCCCACGCCGUCGCAAUGCAGAUGACGAACUCAACAUGCGCCAGUUAUACGAUGAUGAUGAUCUUGUUAGUGCAGAAGUGCAGAGUGUGCACCGUGAUGGUACCGUGAUGCUCCAUACUCGCGGUCCAAAGUAUGGUUGCAUGUCUCUUGGUCAGCUAAUAAGUGUGGUGCCCGUGCUCGUAAAGCGGGCUGAAACGCAUUUCCACAGGGUAUGCAGUGACCUCAAAACAGAUAUUGAAAUUUUGAUCGGUUGUAAUGGUUAUAUAUGGGUUGGACUCAAACAUUCAGCAUGUUUUACGCAUGACCCUGAGUGUUCAAAAUCCCAAAAUAAUACUGGUGGAUGUGAACGUGAAGUUUUCUCCACAUCCGUAAAUGCACACACGCGUGAUCAGGUUUGCAGGGUUGCUAGUGCAGUAAGGGUUCUCUCUAUGCUCCAUCUGGCGAUAUAUCCAAAACGUAUUCUAGACGUUGUGGAUCGCUCGAACGAUUGGGGAGUUUCUAAUACCGAUAUGCUAAGAAGGGCAUUUGUAGUUAAAUUCUCAGAAUGGAUGACCGAUUGACUGUUCAUGGAUUCGUAUUCACUGCCGAAGAAGUUCGGAGUUUAAUGAUGAGCAACCAUUGGAGAGUUGAGCACAGGAACGGGCUGUUCUUCUACAUUACUUCUGCUUCAUGCAGUUCAAAGAUGAAUGUUGACGAAUGUUUUUUUGACAACAGAUCGAUUCGUAUUAAAGUUUUUAAGAAGCUUUAAUGAGGUCGGCAUAUGCCCCUGCAAUGCAAGCCUUAAUAUCUGCGUAGCUGACAACUAGCAUUGACAACUCAUCGCGUGAAAGGAGGAUCACUUUUUCUGGAACACCGAUGUCUACUUUAUUCAGGGAAUCGAAUACGUGACCCCAGUCUAGAAUGGGUGAACCGUCUUCAUUAUCUUGAUGAAAUAAAUAAUCACGAAAAAGCUUUAAAAUAUACCUGUCU